GCCUUGCAGAUCAGGACCAGAUGAGCAGAGGGAGGUUUCUGUGAAGAUCAGAGUCGCCCCAGCCCUGCCCCGGGAAGUGGCCCAGCAGCGCUGCGUCUCCGGCUGUCAUCGCUACGGACCUGGAAAAGAAAGAAGAAAAGAAGAAAAAUGUCCCAUGCUUUAAAGCAGGUGUUCAAUAAAGACAAAACCUUCCGGCCCAAGCGCAAGUUUGAGCCAGGGACUCAGCGGUUUGAGCUGCACAAGAAGGCUCAAGCCUCACUCAACGCUGGCCUGGACUUGAAAGUUGCCGUCCAGCUGCCGCCGGGAGAGGAACAGAAUGACUGGGUGGCCGUGCACGUGGUGGACUUCUUCAACCGCAUCAACCUGAUCUACGGCACCAUCAGUGACUAUUGCACAGAGCAGUCCUGCCCCGUCAUGUCGGGGGGACCCAAGUACGAGUACCGAUGGCAGGACGAGCACAAGUACCGAAAACCCACGGCCCUGUCUGCUCCCCAGUACAUGAACCUCCUGAUGGACUGGAUUGAGGUACAGAUCAACAACGAGGACAUCUUUCCCACUAAUGUUGGUACUCCCUUCCCCAAGAACUUCCUCCCGGUGGUGAAGAAGAUUCUCUCCAGGCUCUUCCGGGUCUUUGUCCACGUCUACAUCCACCAUUUCGACAGGAUCACCCAGAUGGGGUCGGAAGCCCACGUGAACACCUGCUACAAGCACUUUUACUACUUUGUGAAAGAGUUCAAUCUCAUAGACACCAAGGAGCUGGAACCACUGAAGGAAAUGACCUCCCGGAUGUGCCACUGAGACCAGACCUUCCUGCUCCCAGCUCGGUGUCUCUUCCGAGGACUCCGAGUCCCACUCCUGUACUGGAGACGUGAUUCAAGGGGAGAACAGAGACGUUUUGUUAAAGAAAUCUCUAUAUUUUUAAUGAGUUUCAAUGUAAAACUGUGAUAUUGCAGGAAUAUUUUUUUAAAGAUGCUCUAGAUAAACUAGUUUUUUAUAGUAAUUUCUAUAAAAAAAAGAAAAUAUUUUGGGCCACUUGGUGGAAAUGCUCGCUCUUUGAGGAGGGAAGAGCCACCCUGUACUGCCUCUUCCCCGUCCCCUCACUGCAGCGGCACCAAGCGAGCCGAGCCAGAUGCUUCAGAUAGAGCCAUGUCGUGUAGCUGGUGCUGCCAUGGAAGCGGUACUUCCCUCCGGACACCCAUUUCCCGCCCGUGAAGGGAGGUUACGUGGGGACUGGGGAAGAAAUGCUGGUGUACGUGGAUCCCCCGAGGUGCUGUUUGGUUCCAGCACCUCUUCCACUGGCUGUGAGUCCAGUUUUUAGACAGAGCUGCUUUUGUGCUCGCCCUCCACUUGGCAUCCCGUCCCCAAGGCUUGGCCCUCCUUGCUUUCCCUCUGAAAGAAGUUGGACUUGGGUUUCUUUCAUGGCUAGACCAGCGCCGCCACUGCUAAUGGAGUCACUGCUGGGAGCGCUGCUGUUGUGAAUCUGCUCUUGCCUCUUAACACCAGCUCUGAGCUGAGCUUCUCCCCGUGCACGGCCCAGCUGCGGCUCUGGGUGCGCCGUCCCCACGGGGGACGGGGAUCCGCACUGGCAGCAUUAGGCCAAGCAGACCUGUGCCUCGUGGGAACGAGCAGGGGGAAGGCGCUGGGACAGGCGUCGGGAAGUCGUCUUCUCGAACACCUGCACUUCCCCAUCUCCU